AUGGAGCCAACACGCUCAUCAGUCGAUAAGGCCUGCUCAUCAUGCUCCACAACAACGACACCUUCACCUUUGCACUCUAGCUUCUCAUCAGCAGAUGCAACAGCGGUCAACACAGCAGCUCCUACCCGACGAAACAGUCUCUCACUUAACACUGUCCUCUCCUCCCCCGGCACUUCUACACCAUCAACGAAGCACACCGACUCCAAAUCUAGCAAAGCUACACACGGAGGUGUCUCACCAAAAUGCCUCGCUCAGCGACUUCUCCAACAACAACGCCCCCAGACGACCACCAAACUUGAUCACAGCGACAUCGAAACAAGCCCAAACACACUCGUCGUCAACACGCCCCGUACAUCAUUCGACAAGCUCGACCGACCCAAAUUUCCCGAAGAGAAAUCCCCCUCGCAUAGCUCCCAUGCUAACGUCGACAUCGAAAAAGCCACCCCACUACCCACGAAACCAACCGAUGUAGGCCCUGCACCCGACGGCGGACUUCAAGCAUGGCUCGUUGUCGCUGGAACCUUCAUCCUGAUCAUGACCAACUUCGGCCUCCUUACAUCCUACGGCGUCUUCCAGACCUUCUAUCUCUCCCAUCAGCUCAUCCACACUCCUUCAUCGACGGUUAGCUGGAUUGGAAGUCUGCAAACAUUUAUGAUCCUCGGCGGAUCAUUUGUGUUUGGUAAGAUUUCGGACGAUUAUGGCAGUCGAUGGGUUCUCAUCUGUGGAAGUAUCAUUACUUUUGUUUCAAUGUUGGGAGUUGCGUUCUGCGAGACGUUGAUUCAGUUGAUUUUGGUGCAGGGUGUAGCGUUUGGAUUGGGAGGGAGUAUGUUGUUCUUGCCAGGGUGUGCAUUGGUGAAUCAGUACUUUGAUAAGAAAAAGGGAACUGCGAUGUCGGUUAUCAUUGGAGCGGCGAGUUUUGGUGGGGUUGUCUGGCCACUUAUUCUUCAAGCGCUGUUCGAUCAUCCUGGGAUUGGAUUUGGAUGGGGAGUAAGGAUCGCUGCGCUGCUACUGGCAAUUUUGUUAACGAUCAGCAAUGUCCUCAUGAAACCUCGUUUGGCACCAACCCCAAAGGCACAACGCCAAAAUUGGUCUCAAGUCUGGACUCUGCUCACGGAAGACUCUCAAACAUAUACACUCUUCGUCAUCGGUACAGCCAUUCUAUUCAUCAACUUCUUCGUCCCCUUCUUCACCAUCGCUUCUUACGCCAAGAAAGUCAACUUCUCUCCUUCGAUGGCUACACAUAUGGUUGCGAUCAUGAACGCUGCCUCGAUGUUCGGUCGACUCGCUUCCGGUCCCCUCGCCGAUCGGUAUGGUCGAUUCAACGUCCUCACACUCUUCGGAUUCGCUUCCUUCCUAUCCUUGAUCCUAUUCUGGCCAAUCCCCGGACUCACGCUUACAAAAGCAGGAGUAAUAACCCUCUCAAUAACGUACGGUGUGGCAUCAGGAGGAAGCAUCGCAACGGUAGCUUCGUGCGUGGCACAAAUCUCGAAGAAGAACGCAGGAGCAAAGCUCGGAUUGAUGUGGACUUUGGCUGCUCCAGGAACACUUGUCGGGCCAGUAAUUUCGACAGCUCUGGUGAGUAAGAUGGACGGACGGUAUACAGCGCUUGCGGUUUGGGCAGCGGGGACGACGUUGGUUGGGUCGACAAUCAUCGCUUGGGUGCGAUUCGGACUUUCGAAGGGGAAAUGGAUUGCUAAGGUCUAA